AUGCGCGCCAUCGCGGGCGGGUACAAAACGCGCGCGCGCAUGGCGCGCGCGUGCACCCUCGUGCUCGUCGUCGUCCUCCUGGCGCUGCUGGAGCUCGCGCUCAGGCGGCGCGGCGGCGAGGGAAAGCCUCGCCCGUCGCCUCGAACACGUCGCCACCCGACGCAGUUCAACGACGUCGGUAACAUCGUCAACGCGGGGAUUGGGGGCUUUCCCAACGCGAUUUAUCGCGACUGGUGGGCGCCGCUGUGGCCCACGAGCUGCUUCGCGGUGGGUAACUACGGGCUGUGGUCGCUCGCGCAGUGCGUCAUGUUCACGGGCACCUUCUGA